GAGCGCUUUUUGCUGACUGCGCCGGUUUUUCUGCUGCGUUGAGUGUGUUGAGACGUUGAGGAUUUCCUCCGUGCAGAGCCACCCAUGACGGGUUUUGGGGCAGACCCUUGGUAUGCGAUGCAGCUUCCGUAUCAGUGGGACUUUAAGGAUCCCUUCGAGGACUUAAGGGCUGCCAUUGAGACGUUGCGCGGCAAGAUUCACGGCAUCGAUGCCAGAGAGUUGCAACAGAAAGAUAGCUGGGUAAAGAUUGUGAAGGAUUGUGAAAAGCCGUUGAAAUCGGCCGUCGCGCGCUGCCUGGACUGGUGGCGCAUGCAUUUUGGUGGCGAGUUCCCGGUGUACAUUACGAAGUUCAGCGGAUGGAAGAAAUUCGCCAAAGACAUCGGAAAGGAAGAGACGCGGGAACUCUUUGGCAUGUCUCAGAGACCAUUCUUUCAGAGGGUGCUAGAUCCGGAAAAUCCGAACGAUAAGAUGGCUAUCGAGGAACAUAACAACAAGAAGGACAAAGUGAUGAUUCUGAAGUCUAUGUUUUUCCAACGUUUGAAGAACUCCUGCGCCAUCUUCCAAGAAGAGGGUCCACAGUGGAUGAUGGAAGAAGGUUGUGAUCCAAAUGUGGAAAACUUGGUGACGGCGAUUUUGUGGUUGUACAGCCCCAUGAAGCUGCAGAAGGACUGUUUGGUGACCCAACGACCUGCCUGCCAGUUUCAUCGGCUGGAUUCAUUUUGGCGCCACGAGGAUAAGGGCUACGUCUUCAAUUCCUUGACAAGGCCGGAGGCCUUCUUUGAGCAGCAACACCCUGCUGACCUCAUGCCAGACAAGACCCGGUUGCCGGAGUGGAGCAUGGCAGUCCUUGAGAACCCGCAGGGGGACCCCUUCGAACUGGAAAACCAUGACGUUGAGGACAUGGCAUCGGCUUCAGUGCCGAAGAAGACGCUGGUGUUACAAAUUCAUGAAGAAGGCAAGUCGAACAGGAAGCGUCAGACCUUGCGGGGCUGGCCGGUGUUGUAUGAGGAUGAAUGGGAAAACAUCGAAAAAAUGCUGAAACUUGGCACGUACGCGGCAUCAAAUGAGAUUGCCUUCUUUCGAAUGGGGGCUCUGGUGGAAGAGCCGCAGAAUCAAGAUGUCGCGAAGCUUGAUGCAGACGCUUUGCAGAAUUUGAUUCAUGAAGAGCACGGUCGCGCUGAAGAAUCAGGGAAACUAUCGGCCACUGUGGACGUCAAUAUCACCAAGAUCACCCCCGAACUGCACAUCCCUGAGCUUUCAUUUCUCGCGCCAAUGCGGAGCGAAAGCAUGGGUGAACUCAGGAAAAGACUGGCUGCCAAGUUCGGAAUUGGCAAGAGCCGCUUGCUCCUUUCUCAGGGAAAGGAUGGACGAAAUCUGCUCGAAGAUGAUGUGCAACUUGAAAGCCUACUGGAGGAUGAGCUGAAACUUGCGACAGCUGGGAACAUCUCCAAGAUCAAGAUCGAGAUUAACUACCUCAAAGGCUUCGAUCAUCCCCACAUCAUGAAGAUCUUGGAGGAGGACUUUGUCGUCCACGGCCCUUUACCGCACUGGCGCUUUUCCACCGCCACUCUUCGGGGCCCUGUGCACCGUGCUGCUGCGGCACGCGCGGCGCUCAUCGAUGUGGCCUCGGGACUGCGACAUUUGCAUCAGAAUGGCUGGGGGCACAUGGAUGUGCAGCCAUGCAACCUGCAGAUCGCUGGCCAGGUGAAAAAGGAUACGCCUGAGUCAGUGGACUUGAAGUUGUGCUUGGUGGAUGCUGGCAGUGCAGGGUUGUUGGGAAGCGAAUUGAGAACUUGGAGCUCCAGAUAUGCCUUAUCGCAGGUGAGAAGUGGCGACACGAAAACCAUGAAAAAGGCUCUUGACUGGUUUGCUCUUGGAAUGACCGUGAAGGAUUUGGCUGAAGGACUUUGGCCCCAAGUCACAGUUGGAGAAGAGACACCUUUGACCUUGGUGGAAGCGAGCGAAAAAACCCAGCUGCACGAGGCGGCUUCAGCAGCUUCAGAUUCGACGUCGACUUUCUCCCUGGUGGCGUUCCCGCAAGGAUCCGUAGAGCGGUUGAGUGAGGUCGACAGUUUUCUGGUCGACGAUGCAGAGCGGAAACUGCAGCCUGGUCUUCAGCUGGAGAACUUUGACACAGUGGUGGACCACGAUAUCAACGCAAGGAGGGAGAGCGUCUUGAAGAAAGUGCGUGAGAAUGGGCGGAUCUUGGAAUCUGUGCCCUCGGUUUUCAAAAGCAUGCAGGAUGUGGUGAUGGCAGCCGUGCAGCAGACUGGUUGGGCGCUGCAGUUUGCCGAUGACGAGCAUCGCGGAAAUCGCGACAUCGUCUUGGCAGCAGUGCGCCGCGACGGGCAAGCCCUAGAGUUUGCAUCCUCGCAGCUGCAAAAAGAUCCAGAGGUAGUACUGGAAGCUGUGAAGAACAGCGGCUGGGCCCUGGAGUUUGCCUCGGACUCCCUGCGCAACGCUCCCGCGGUGGUGGCCGAGGCGGUUCGCUUCAACCCCUGGGCUCUGGAGUUGGCUGAAAAGUUGCAGCAGAACUACGUCCUGACCUGGGACAAGCAACCAACAAAGGGGGUGGAGAGUAAGCUUCCCCUGACCUGGGCUGCAUUGAAGCUGUGAGUCAGAAAACUCAGCAUAAAACUCAUAAAACCUCCAAAAGUGUGGGGUGUUGAAGAGGCUGCGAGAGAGCUCUGUCUUAUCAGAGAUUUAGGAAUCAACUUCAGGUUCGACAUUUUGG